GCGGCCGGGCGCGGGUGAGCCCGGGGCCCCCUCCGCUCAGAACCCUGCGCCCGGCCCCCGCCCCGGGACUCUGGACGCCCCCGCGGAGCCAGAGCCAGCCUGGCUCCCGAACCCCCGGCCUCCCCGCAGGCCCGCCCCGCCUCCGCCCCGGACCCCGGGCCCUGCCUCCGGCCCUCUGAGCUCCCCGCCUCCACCCGGCACUGCCACCCGCCUCGCAGGGGCCCGCGCAGCCGGAGGAAGCAAAGGCCCGGUGCCCGACGCCGACGCCGGGAUGGAGCCCGGCGAGAGGAAGCGGCUCCCGUCCGCGCCGUCGUCGUCGUCGGAAGGAGAGCAGAGAGGACAAUCCCAAUUAAAGCGAGGGCUCGCCCAAGACUUGAUUUCUUCUCCCAAAUUAGACAGAUACAAACUAGCAAGACAGUUGACGGACAAGGCAGUCAAAGAGAAGAAGAUUUUCUCCAUCUACGGGCACUACCCGGUGGUCCGCGCCGCCCUGCGGAGGAAGGGCUGGGUGGAGAAGCUGCACCUGCUGCCCAGGGUCAGCCCGAACGUCGACGACGAAGAAAACAAACGAGCUGAAGGCAAAGAAAGCCAAGAAGCGGCUUUGGAGAAAACAGAUGACAUCCAUGCUGUGAUGUCCAGGUUGGUGAGGAAUGAAGUGCCCUACUUCCUCUGGACCAUCCGAAGGGACGCCGUUGACCACCACAGCCUGCGCUGCGAGCAGACGCUCAAUCACUACGGCAAGACGGCAUCCUUCACCACCAAGAUCGGGCUGUGCGUGAACAUGCGGAGUCUGCCGUGGUACGUCCAGGCCAACCCCGACUCCUUCUUCCCGCGCUGCUACAGCCUCUGCACCGAGAGCGAGAAGCAGGAGUUCCUGGAUGACUUCCGGCGCACGGUGGCCUCCAGCAUCCUAAAGUGGGUGGUUAGCGACCAGAACCACAGCAGGAGCAAGUCCAGGAGCAGGAGGGAGGAGGCCGGUGACACGGAGCCCAGCAGAGAGCAAGCUCCUGAGGCUGCGGGACCACAGCUCAGGGGCCUCUCGGAGCAGCUCGUGGACGCUGCCUGCAAGGUGUGUGAGGCCUACCUGGGGCGGCUGGAGCACGAGGACAUCGACCUCCCCGAGGACGCCGCCAAGGACCUCACGGAGGACGAGUGGAAGGAGCUGACCCGGCAGUACUACGCGCUGGUUCACGGCGAGGCGUUCAUCUCCAAUUCAAGAAGUCACUUUUCGCAGUGCCAGGCUCUGCUCAAUAAGAUCACCUCCGUGAACCCUCAGACGGAGAUUGACGGGUUUCGCAACAUCUGGAUCCUAAAGCCGGCGGCCAAGUCCCGGGGCCGAGACAUAGUGUGCAUGAACCGCGUGGAGGAGAUCCUGGAGCUGGUGGCCGCAGACCGCCUCGAGGCCAGGGACCACAAGUGGGUGGUGCAGAAGUACAUUGAGACGCCGCUGCUCAUCUACGACACCAAGUUCGACAUCAGGCAGUGGUUCCUGGUCACCGACUGGAACCCCCUGACCAUCUGGUUCUACAAGGAGAGCUACCUGCGCUUUUCAACGCAGCGCUUCUCCCUGGACAACCUGGACAGCGCCAUCCAUCUGUGCAACAACUCCAUCCAGAAGCACCUCAAGAACGACAAGGACCGCAGCCCCCUGCUGCCGUGUCACAACAUGUGGACCAGCACCCGGUUCCAGGAGUACCUGCAGAAGAGGGGCCGCGGGGCCGUGUGGGGCAGCGUCGUCUACCCGUCCAUGAAGAGAGCCAUCGCCAACACCAUGAAGGUGGCCCAGGACCACGUGGAGCCGAGGAAGAACAGCUUCGAGCUGUACGGCGCCGACUUCGUCCUGGGGCGCGACUUCAAGCCCUGGCUGAUCGAGAUCAACUCCAGCCCCACCAUGCACGCGUCCACGCCGGUCACGGCCCAGCUCUGCGCACAGGUGCAGGAGGACACCCUCAAGGUGGUGGUGGACCGCAGGCUCGACCGCAACUGCGACAUCGGCAACUUCGAGCUCCUGUGGAGACAGCCUGCGGUGGAGCUGCCCCCAGUCCAGGGCUCCGACCUCCUGGUGGAAGGCCUGGCCCUGAGGAAAGCCCAGAAGCAGAUCCCGCCCAAGGCCAACUGUGGUUUUGCCUCUCCGCUCACGAACGUUCAGCCCCUGAAAGAGAGGAGCCCCUCAGCCAUGCCAGACCUGGCUCGGGGACCCCCACGAAGGGACUCGAGACUGAAAGACGAGAAGGUGUUUCCUUGCGCCUUCCCUGUGCCCUUGAAGAGGCGGGCAGAGGGAAGCACUAGGGCGCAGCGCGUCUACAGCGAGCCCGGCAGGAAGAUCGAGCUCCCCACGUGGCGCAUCCAGCACCCAGACGAGAAGGCGCCAAGCACUGCGCUCACCAAGGCCGAAUCUGACAAACACUUGGCGCCAAACUUAUCAAACGUGUGCCCCCUGCCAGCAGUGCUUCCGAGAGCGAAGACCGUGGAGGGUGCUCCGUUUCAGCCACCCAGGCCGCCAGGUUGGCUGCUGAGACAUUGGGUUCCACAGGGAAGGCCGGACCAGGCUUCAGGCUGCAGGCUGGGUUCAGAGCUGCUGCACGUGUCUCCUGCUUCUGGGACCAGUGGCUCCCCAGGGCGAUGUCUUCACAAGGCAGAUGGCAUAAGCAUGAGAGGGCAAGCCAGACCAUGCGGGCACAUGCAAGCUUCUGCUGACAUCAUACCCGGCCAUACUCAAGUCAGUGGGGGAGGAGGGGUGGAGUGAGUA